GAAUACACGAUGGAUGUGUUCUUUCGCCAGACGUGGGUGGAUCGCAGGCUGGUGUAUGAGGGUCCAAUUGAGAUUCUGAGACUAAACAACCUAAUGGUGACCAAAGUCUGGACACCAGACACUUUCUUUAGGAAUGGCAAGAGGUCAGUCGCUCACAACAUGACGGCGCCAAACAAGCUUUUCCGGAUCAUGAAGAAUGGCACCAUCCUUUACACCAUGAGGUUGACUAUCAGUGCUGAGUGUCCCAUGAAGCUUGUGGAUUUCCCCAUGGAUGGACAUGCAUGCCCUCUCAAGUUUGGAAGCUAUGCCUAUCCUAAAACAGAGAUGAUCUAUACUUGGACCAAAGGGCCUCAGCAUUCAGUGGAGGUCCCUCCUGAGUCCUCCAGCCUAGUUCAGUACGAUCUCAUCGGUCAGACGGUCUCCAGUGAGACCAUUAAAUCCAUUACAGGUGAAUAUGUGGUGAUGACGGUCCACUUCCACUUGAAACGUAAAAUGGGUUACUUCAUGAUUCAGACGUAUAUCCCGUGCAUAAUGACAGUAAUUCUGUCUCAAGUGUCUUUCUGGAUUAAUAAAGAAUCUGUCCCGGCACGGACAGUUUUUGGCAUCACCACAGUCCUGACCAUGACAACACUCAGUAUCAGUGCUCGCCACUCACUCCCCAAGGUCUCGUACGCAACUGCGAUGGAUUGGUUCAUCGCCGUCUGCUUUGCCUUUGUCUUCUCUGCCCUCAUUGAGUUUGCUGCUGUCAACUACUUCACCAACGCACAGAUUGAGCGGGCCAAAAUGAAGCCAGCCAAAUGUCCCCCUGUGCCCCAAACCACGCCUGUCAAGGUGAAGGACGCUGAAGAUGUGCUUCAGCAGACUCCUGAUACCAACGGGUCCUUGAGAAAGCGGUUGAAUUAUAUUUCCCACCAGGAGACGAGCACUCAGCAGAGAGCCCAGUCCACCACCAACGUUUCCGGGUUGGGACGAGGACAGUCGCUGAGGCCUUCUGCUGGGGGAGCCAACGGCAGCUCCUCCACUCUCUCCCGCUCCAGCCCUAAGUCUGAGAGCCUGCUCAGCGUGGCCUCCUCCUCCGCCCAGCUCGUCAAGGGCACACCUCAGGCAGCGGCCUCCACUCCAGAUGUGAUGGCAGGAACGCCAUGCAAGCAGGACGCCAGCUCCUCGUCUCUGCAGCAACUGCUGGGGCUCAAGCUGGAGCGCCUUCAGAUGAUGGACAACAAACUGGAGCCAAAGCAAACGCCGUGCUCCCAGCCCACCACUGCCGGCAUGGGUGGAACCAGUAAAAUAGAUAAAUAUGCACGAAUCCUGUUCCCAGUGUCCUUUGGAGCGUUUAACAUGGUCUACUGGGUGGUCUACCUGUCAAAGGACACAAUGAUGGCCAAAGAUGGAUAAGCCUCGCCGCAAGAAUCUCUAUCAUCUCUUCUAAAA